AUGGGGACUUUUGUGGCUGAUCUGUUUCUGUUCCUGCUGAUGUCUGCAGGACACGUUUAUGGAGUGUCUUUCUAUGGUGAUGGAUACAUCCACCUGCGGACAUCGGAGGCGUCCAUUCAGACGUUGCUCCACGUACGAUUUCGAACCUCCAGUGAGGCAGGGAUGCUGUUUUUGGCAGCCGGACGCAGAGACUUCUUGCUGCUGGAGCUGGUCUCUGGGCGCCUGCAGGUACGUCUGGACCUGGGCUCAGGUGAGCGUUCACUGCGCUCAGAAAAAGGCAUCCAUCUCAGCGACUUGGCAUGGCACUCCAUGGAGCUGACCCACAACCACCAUACUGUCAACAUGACCGUGGACCGAAACUCUCACACCAGCCUCCGUAUGCCAGGACCAGAUCUGGAGCUCAGUGUCGAGGACGGGCUAUAUGUUGGCGGGACAGCCGGAUUGAACCAUCCCUAUCUACUCAACAUUUCCACUGGGUUUAGAGGUUGCGUUGAUGAAGUUGUGUUCAAUGAGCAUAACCUGUUGUCCAGCUUAAGGCCUUAUUCUGGGUACAAGAGCGUCCACGAGGUAUCUCUAGGCUGUAGUUCGCAGUUUUCUGCAACAGAAGAAGAUUCUGUGAGUUUUUUCAGCUCUAAAGCCUUUAUUGCUCUGCCGCCGUGGGAGGGCCCACAGGAGGGGGUGUUUGAAUGUGAAUUGUACCCCUCUGCAAGAGGAGAAGACGGCAUGGUCCUGUACAGCUCUGGCAACCAGGGAGGGUUUGUUGCAAUAGAGAUCAGAGAUGGUAACAUGUUGGCAACAGUUGGAAAUGGAGAGGGGAGCAAGACUGAGUUGCGUUCUCUAACACAUGUUCACAACAACCACACCUGGUACCCCAUCCAGCUGCACCUGCUGCCAAACAGCGUCCAGCUGAAGGUGGGGCAGGAGUUGGUCAGGGCAACGCUGAGUCUGGAGCUCCAGGUCAUCCAGCUCAAAGGGCCUCUCCUCCUCGGAGGGCUGAACGAGGAAGCCUGGAGUGAGGCAAGGCGGGCUGGGCUGAUAUCAUCUGUGCCUGGACGAGGAGGCUCGUUUAAAGGUUGCCUCCGGGAAAUCAGGGUGAACACUCAAAGAACAGGACUACCCCAUGCUGGCGUCACCAAGGACAUCACUGUGGGAUGUAGGACAGGGCAGGCUUCAGACGCAGUGACCACCACCAGCCCGACACAUCGUCCUGAGUUUGAUGUUACAACCACACGACCAAUUACCAACAAUAAGAAGAACCCUAACUUUUUGUUGCUGAGAAAGCUCGAAGUUGCGGAGGGAGGCCGAGCACCGCUGGAGCCCAAACACAUGAGGGUAAAUCUGGAUUUUCGGAAAUUGGGCAUUCAUCCAUCCCAGUUGAUGUUCCGCAUCGAGGGUCAGCCUGUCCACGGCCAACUCCGGCUGGACCACAGUCAUGACCCUGAUGUGACGAUGGGCGUGGGGCAGGAGAGAACUAUCACAAUAAAAGCAGAAGAGGCGGACCGAACUUUCAGUAUGCUGGACCUGUGGCAGGGCCGAGUAAUCUACGUUCACAGUGGGUCAGAGGACGAGCAUGACUUCUUCAUGUUUUCAGUCUUCUCCAGCAGCAAGAAGGAGCUUCCUGCGUUUCUGAAGGGAAACCGGCUACAUCGGUUUGAUAUUAGCAUCAGUCCUGUUAAUGAUGCACCUGUGCUCAGCCUGCCGGAGGGGAAAAUUUUCACUCUGCUAGAGAAUUCUAAACGAAAGCUGACAACAGAUGUGCUGAGGGUGUCGGACCCUGACAGCAACCCUGCAGAGCUGCUGUUCAGCUCUUUGGGAAACCUCAAAACUGAGGCUGGAAACCUCGAGCACCAAGAUUACCCUGGAAGGGCCAUUAACCUGUUCUCUCUGAAUGACCUGGAGGAGGGUAAGAUCAGCUUUGUUCACAGUGGGGUCUCCACCUCCCGACUAGCACUCAGGGUUAGCGAUGGGCUGAAGUUGAGCAACACAGUAGUUUUGAGGAUUAUAGCAGUGCCCCUCGAACACAAACUGGUGAAUAACACCGGACUGGAGGUGAACCAAGGCGGGUCUUUCAUCAUUACAACCACUCACCUUGCUGUGCAAGUUAACGUGGAUGAUCAGGCGGUGGAAAUCCGCUAUGACAUCACAGAGUUACCAAAAUAUGGUGAGGUCCAGCGGUUGCACUCAAGUGGAGAAUGGAAACCGACAACUUCCUUUUCUCAGAAUCUUCUAGAAAAAGAACGGAUCCGAUACCUCAGCACUUACCACGGUCUUCAGACUCAAAACAUCACUGAUCACUUCAAAUGUAGAAUUAGCAUUGGUUUUAAUGCUACAGAGGAGGUUGUUUUCCCCAUUGUGGUACGCUGGAUCCACUUCAAGGUCACACGCAGCAAGAUGGAGAUCAACGGUGUUCAGACUGCUAUUAUCACUCCAGAGGAACUCCAUGUGGUUUCUAAGGGGGUUAAACUCAACGAGAGUGACCUCUUCUUCAGGCUCCUAACAGUACCAAAGAAAGGGCAGCUGUUUCUCGACAACAAAGUUCUACAAAGAAACUCAAACUUCAGCCAAAAGAAUAUCACAGAUGGCUUGCUGAAGUACGAGCUUCUCAACAAGCUGAACGACGACACAAGAGACACGUUCAGCUUUCAGGUGUUUUCGAUGCACGCAAACUCAACAGCUUACGACUUCAGAAUCAACAUCAAGGCAGAGUCGAGCGCAAUCACUGUUGUCAACAAGGGCCUUUCAAUCCUGGAAGGAGGAAGUAAAGUCAUCAGCAAAGAUGUCCUGUUCACUCACACAGCAAGUAAUCGUGAGGUUCACUACAGUAUCAUGGUGAGCCCCAAGCACGGACAGAUAAGGAGGAUCAACCUCUCCAACUCAACUUCCAUUAAUGAUAACAUUGUGGCAUUCACAAAUCGAGAUAUCAUCGAGGAGAGGAUCAUGUACGUUCAUGAUGACAGCGAGACAAAGCAGGAUUCCUUCACUUUUCAAAUGAUGGUUUACAAACCUCACAAACGCAACAUCAAGAAGGAGGACAGAAACACGGCUGAACACACCUUCAAUAUCUCUGUGCAGCUUGUCAACGAUCAGAGACCUGUCAGGGUUGUUGAUAAAGUUUUCCACGUGGCCCGCGAUGGGCAGAGGCUGGUGACGUUGAAUGACCUUCGUUACCGGGAUGAUGACUCUGACUUUGAGGACAGUUGGUUGGUGUACACACGGAGGGGGAUUCCCAUGGGAGAUUUAGUGCUGGCCAGUGAUACCAGUCACAAACUGUACGAGUUCACACAGCGUGACCUCGAGCAGAAAAAAGUGUUGUUUGUCCACAGAGGAGUGAGUUUUGGGCGUUUUGUGCUUUUCGUAACAGAUGGGAAACAUUAUGUUUCAACACUACUGGAGGUGAUGGCCCAGGAUCCUUACCUCCAGGUCGAGAACAACACGGGCCUCAUGGCCCAGCGAGAUGGGAUCACAACCGUGACCUCGGCUAACCUCAGCAUCUUCAGCAACCUCGAUAUCCGAGACCCACAGGAAGUGACAUUUGAGGUCUUCCUUCCGCCCAAACACGGUGUGCUCUGCUUUAAUGAUGGAGAUUACAAGACUGUAACAAAAGCAGAUGCAAUUUCAAUAUUCACCCAGCAAGAUUUGGUGCUGGGGCGCCUGGUGUAUCACCAUGACGGCAGCAAUGAGUUGUCAGAUGGGUUCAAUGUGACGGCAAGAGCGAGGGAGAAGAGCACAGAGAGCCGACUGGACAGAGGGAGGAGGGAGGUACAUCUGGACAUCGGAGUGACAGUGAAAAUCUACCUGGAGAGUCACCAGAGGCCGCCAACGGUCAUAAGUAACCAUCCAGUGGUGGUGGAGGAGGGACAGAAUGUCUCAAUAAGCAAAGAGCACUUAGAGGUGGUUCAUGAAGACAGCAAGCCCUCAGAGAUAGUUUUUACCGUCCAGAGUCCUCCUGCUCUGGGCAUCCUUCAGCAGAUUCCCCCCGACAACAAUCCCCUGAACAAAAAUGAAGGACAGCAGCACGUCUAUCAAGGCAUCACAGAGCAGACAACAACUUCCUUUACACAGGAGGACCUCAACCAGGGAUUGAUCAUCUACCAUCAGCAGGCUGCCGGACGCACCAAAGACUCUGUUCUGUUGGAGGCAACCAACGGGGUCACAAAGGUCGGACCUAUCAGACUGGAGAUUGACAUCAUUCCUAUGCUGCUCCCUCUACAGGUGUCUGACUUGACUCUUGAUGAGGGGUCAUCCCUGCCGCUGACCUCUGACAUAAUCAAGGUGGCCAGUCAUCACUUCUCAGGGAUGAACUUCUUGUACCAGGUCAUCGUUCCACCGCGACACGGACACCUGGAGCACAGCCGCAUCCCGGGGAUGCCCAUCACUGCUUUCACUCACACUGAGGUGGAACGUGAGUACAUCUCCUACAUCCAUGACGGCAGCGACACACUGAGUGACAACUUUACCAUUGUGGCCAAUCAGACAGAAAUCAGGAAGCACAGUCUGCCCUGCACCGCUCACAUCAGUGUCAUACCUGUCGAUGAUGAGACUCCUGUUGUUAUAACCAACAAGGGUCUGAAGGUGUGGGUGGGUUCAGCGACAGAAAUCACCACAGAUGAUCUCAGUGUGGAGGACUCGGACACUCCUGACCCUGAGGGGCUGGAGUUUAUCGUCACCCCGCCCAGCAACGGCCACCUCGCCCUGAAGAGCGCCCCCUCCAGACACAUCCUGAACUUCACCCAGAAUCACAUACAGACUGGACAGCUGAUGUUUGUGCACAGUGGCGCUCUAUCAGGCGGUUUUCACUUCCAGGUGAACGAUGGCGUGAACUUCACCCCUCGCCAGAUUUUCAGCACAACUGCCCACUCUCUGGUUCUCACACUGGAGAGAAAUCACCCCUUGGAGGUCUAUCCAGGCUCUGUGACACCAGUCUCUGAGCUGGAGCUUCAGGCUGUAACCAACGAUGUCAGCGACAUCAAAAGAAACCACUCUGUGGUGUUUGCAGUGACUGCUCUUCCUAAACUUGGUAGCCUGGUCCAACGAAUGCCCGAUAACUCUACUCAAAACAUUUCCACGUUCACACAAAGCAUGGUGAACGAUGGAGUUAUCUUCUACAAUCAGAACAAGCCACAGUCAGUGGGAUGGUCGGCUACAGACUCUUUCUCUUUCACCGUAUCUUCACCUCCUGCUUUCCUUCCUCCACACACCUUCAACAUCUUAAUCUCCCACCAGGCCAACGAACACCAUGACAGCCCUCAACACAAGACCAGACUACUGAACAACGCAGGUGCUGUGGUGGCUGAGGGGGGUAGGGUGACGAUUGACAGGUCUAAACUCGAUGCCUCCAAUCUCCUCGGGAAAGUUCCAGAGCCUCACAGGAAGGACCACCACAUCCUAUACCGCGUGAUUUCCUUGCCGCACCAUGGCGCUCUGUCUAUACGAGGACACAACCUCACCAGGAACCAACCUGACUUUUCCCAGGCCACACUAAACAAGUUCGGCAUCACAUACGUCCACGAUGACUCAGAGACGACGAGUGACAGUUUCACUUUCCGUGCCUGGGUGGCGCCUUUGGAUCUCUCCCCGUCUUCCUCCUCAUCUUCCUUGUCUGAGACGUUCAACAUUACAGUGACGCCAGUCAAUGACCAGCCGCCACUCAUCAGGAGCAGAGCCCCAAGUAUGAAGGUGGUAGUCGGAGAGAGAGUUGUACUCGGACCAGACAGUCUGCAGGUUGAGGAUCAUGACACCCCUCCAGAGGAGCUGCACUACCUUGUGAUCAGUAAACCCAACAAUGGCUACCUGACUCUGGGGGAAAGACCGGAGCAGGUGACCUCCUUCACCCAGUACGACGUCAACCACGGUCGGCUGCACUUCACACAGCAGGGAGAGCCCUCAACAGGUGUUUUCUACUUCAACGUAACCGACGGUCAUCAUCGUCCACUCUACAAACUGUUUAGUUUGGAGGUCAUAAAGCCCUCCGUCUCCAUGGUGAACAACACUGGCCUGUCACUGGUUCAAGGCCGGACUGCUGUGGUCCUGACAACCAACCAGUUUGCAGCUCAAACAAACAGCCGCAGGCCAGCCAACAUCACCUACGCCGUCACCACACACCCUCACCACGGACGCAUUGCUAUCAACGACCAGGAAGUGUCAACCUUCCGCCAUGAGGAUCUGCAGUUUGGCCGUGUCGUUUAUCACAUGACUGAUCUCAGCGAAUCAGAGGACAGCUUCCAAGUCUCAGUGUCAGCCUCGGCACCUGGUGUCGACUAUGGAAAUGUGACAGCGCAGACGGUGAAGGUGACUGUGCGGCCUCUGCUCUCCUUGAGGGAGCCAGUAAGAGUGCCCAGUGGUAUCGCUGUGAAACUGGGGAAGUCCAUGAUCGACGCCUCUGAGCUGGCAAGAAUCAGCCGAGCCGACCCGGUCUUUCAUGUGUUGUCGCCACCAAAACAUGGAAAACUAGUCAAGAUGACCUAUGACCCUAACCGAGCGUCAGAGGUUCUGAAGUCAUUCACAUUCAGAGAUGUGGUGCAAGGUCGGGUCGCCAUCGAGGAAACUCUCAGCGAUGGUGACAACCAGCUGCAUAAUAACAAAUCAGCACUAACAACAGCUCGAGGCCACGCCCCCGCCACGCCUCUCAAUGACUCUUUCAUCUUCCUGCUAAAGGCUGGAAACGUCCAACCGGCGAAGGCCGAGCUUCACUUCACCAUCCUUCCCCACCACCAGAUGCAUCAUGGUCCAAGCGGUUCAAAUACAGACGGUGCAAGUCGUGAACACACUACAACCCGUCUCCCGACACAUAAUAAGACCACUGCCGGAAGAGGAGGCGGACGAGGGACCUCCACGACACUAGGCGAGGCCGGGGUGGGUUUGCCGCCCCACAUCUUGUCACCUAAGAACCACAACAGGACGCAGCACAAGCCGAGGCCUCACAGCCGCUGGGGGAACCACACACGCAGUCAUGGAGGGAGAUCAGGCAGCGGUGCAGAUGGAGCAGGAGGGGGUCACAGUCAUGCCCCCAAACCCCACGCUCCUUCUGUCUCGGACAUACACGGUCCAGCGCUCCCUCCUGAAACCCACCCGGUCCACGUUGAGGUCCUCCCCCGCCCUGCCGCUGACCCUCUCCUCAUUAUCCUGCCGCUACUGGCCUGUUUGCUCCUCAUCAUAAUCCUUGUUGUUCUGAUUCUGGUGUUCCGCCGCCGCAAAGAGAAACAAGCCCGGCUGCGGCUCCUCCAGCAGCUCGCUGCGGUAGCGUUACCCACUGAGGGCAGCCCUUAUCUGGGCCGGGCAGAGCGGAGCGUGGCUAUGCCCUCUGUGGUCGUCACCCCGUUGGGCACAGCAAGCUGCCCGACCUCACCCAGGAUGCCCAUAAGUCCCAGGAGAAGGAGUCUGGCCCCUGGAAUGACCUUCUGGGGGCCACUUGAAGCUGAUGGAGCAGGUGGGGAUGGGAAUAUUAGAGGUGGUAACAAUAAGGAAAGAGAUAAUGUGACUGCAGGAUUCAAGACCCCUCUGAGAUCCAGGUCCCCAACUCCGACUCUGAAAGACAACCAAUACUGGGUUUGA